GGUGUGGGAGCCCGUCCCCGGUGGGAGGGGGCGCGAGCGAGCAGGCAGGCAGGCAGCUGCCAGGAGCUCUUCCCCGCGCGCUCCCGCCUCGCUCGGAAGCUCCGAUCCUGACACACGCGAGGCGCUGUCCUUUCAGCACCACGAGCACCGGCUGAGGAGGGAGGACUCCAGGCUGUCCUCCUCCGCUUCAAAUUGGCUUGAAUCUGCUCCAACCCUCAAGAGCGCAGCACCGUCUGGAAAGAAAGGCGUGAGGAUGGUGAAGCUGAACAGUAAUCCCAGCGAGAAGGGAGCCAAGCCGCCUUCGGUGGAGGAUGGCUUCCAGACAGUCCCCCUCAUCACGCCCUUGGAGGUCAACCACUUACAGUUGCCCGCUCCAGAAAAGGUGAUCGUGAAGACAAGGACGGAAUAUCAACCGGAACAGAAGAACAAAGGGAAGUUCCGGGUGCCGAAAAUUGCUGAAUUUACGGUCACCAUCCUUGUCAGCCUGGCCCUAGCUUUCCUCGCCUGCAUUGUGUUCCUGGUGGUUUACAAAGCCUUCACUUAUGACCACAGCUGCCCAGAGGGAUUCGUCUAUAAGCACAAGCGCUGUAUCCCGGCCUCUCUGGAUGCUUACUACUCCUCCCAGGACCCCAACUCUAGAAGCCGCUUCUACACGGUCAUCAGCCACUACAGUGUGGCCAAGCAGAGCACUGCCCGGGCCAUCGGGCCGUGGCUGUCGGCAGCCGCCGUCAUCCAUGAGCCCAAGCCGCCCAAGACCCAGGGCCACUAGAGGCCCACCCAGCCAGGAUGGGGGGGGGCGGAGUGGAGAGUGGGACCCCCGUUGGCUAAGCCAAGCUCCAAUUAUAAGACAACACUGUACUCCUGGGAUUUGGGGGCGGGGGCGGGGCAGGGCAGGGCAGGGUGGGGAGGGAGGAACUCACCGAAAAAUAUCGUGCACUGGAGUUGUCUGAAUCGAUAUUUCUUUUUGUCCCUUGGUAUUGUUGAUUCGUCCCCGAGUCAGGCUCAUGUACAAAGGCAUGUUUCGUGUUGAUUGUUCCCAUGUAAGAUAUUUUCAAAGCCACUGCUUAUUCUUUGUUAGGAAAAUGUAACAACAAAGAAGGAAAGAAACAAAGAAAAUGAACAGAAAGCACUCACCUGGCUCCAUCAGUAAGCCGUUGGAGAGCAGUCAAGAGUCAGACAUAGUGGGCUUCUUAGACGAAGAAUUGUAGCUUCCGUGGGGAGUUCAGAGGGUGCAGGAUAUGUGAGUGACAUAGACGGGGCUAUCUGGUGAGCCUCCGGCCUGCAGGAUAGGAACUCGGGAAGUUAGGAAUGGCCAAGCUGGAGAGGAAGACUGAUUCUGGCAUUACGAAGCCCAGGCUGCACAUGACCCACAGCAAAAUGUACCGAGCAUGGUACAUUUUGCAAGAUGAGCACAAACUUUCCGGACCUCCACACCAGGGUCUGGGCAGACUUGUGUCCCGGGCUCUGAAUGCUCACCCUAUGGUGAUGGGUCUUGCAUCAGCAAAUGUUGAGGAGUGGGCAGAGUUUCUUUGUCUUUUUCUUGUCUUUCUGAAUCCGCACCUGGAUACUGCCCAUGGUCACGAGACAGCUGAGGUAGGGAGGGAGAGAAGGAAGGAGAAGCUUCAAGGAGGAGGAAGGCACAGAACAGGCAUGUGACGCUUGGCCAUAAGCGAUAAGCACAGGCACUUAAUUUUAAAAUUCUUGCUUGUUUAUUGUUUCCCAAAGUGCUAAUAACAAUAGCAACAACAAUAGUAUUAUAACCAGAAACCUCAAGUGACAGCCGGGAAGAGACAUUAAGAUUUGGGCUGCAACGAUGCCAAAUUAUUUCUAAAGGAAGCUGAAAAAGUGACUGUCUUAUGCCCACUCCGUUGUGUUGACAGGGGACAUUCGUCCAAGCUCCUCAGCCGGGUUCUAGAAACUUCUGAUAAGGAGGCAGCAUCCAGCGUUGACUAGGCCUCCCACUGCCCUGGAACCAUAUUGGGCUCUCUCUUGCCUCCCACAAAUGUUUUGGGGAGGCUGGUUUUGCAGGGUGUAGGCUCCAGGUCCCACAGGACCAGAACUGGCUGGGAGAGCUGGUUAUUCAAGAUGUAGUACUGUUUGCCUUCGAGUCUCCAACAGGCCAUUUAGAGGGUAUUUUCUGUGGCUUGCUAUGUUGCUAAAAUCAUCGCACACAACAGCUGGGUAAUAAGACUAGUGUAGCUCAAACUAUCCUGCCAAAUGCUCUCAUCUGAUUUUUCCUCCCUUCUCCCCCGCCCUCCCAUCACCUCGAGUCACCUGUAAAUUCAUUUGUCAUCUGAAGCGGAAUAACAAAUUGUCCCUAGCCAAACCGCUGAGCGCUUUAUAAUUUUGUGGUGUAUUUUUGUCAGUAGGUAGCAGAGGCUGAAGUAUUUUUUGGUGUAAUUCUUGAAAUUUUCUGACAGGAAACAAAUAAAGAUAGAUGUGUCUGAGAGUCUUGA